GUCACUGUUGAAUUCAAGUCAAAACUAGAACCUUCCACUCGUUUGUUCACAAUAUUAGGGUUUUGCGAAAGGGGUUUUAGACCCAUUGCUCGCGCAACCACAACAGACCCCUAAUCAUCAUUCCCAAAUGGUUCGCUCCAAUGGCGUCAAGCUUCUUCGUUCCCUUUCCCCUAAACUCCUCCGUAACGCCGAUAAAUCCACAUAUGAAGGAGUGUUGCAAAGGGGGUACAGGACAUUGAAUUCCGGAUUUCGCGAUCCUUCCAAAGUUUUUGGAAAUUAUUUUUCCAAUGUUGGAGAUGGUGUUAAUUUGAAGAACUGCGUGCUAUUGGGAGCAAUAAAUACUUAUUUUGGGGCAUCUAGAUCCAUUCACGGCUCAGCAUCAUUGGCAAGAGACUAUUAUGAAGUUCUUGGUGUCAGUAAGAAUGCAAGUUCUUCUGAAAUAAAGAAAGCAUACUAUGGGCUUGCAAAAAAGCUCCAUCCUGACACAAACAAAGAUGAUCCUGAAGCUGAAAAGAAAUUUCAAGAAGUUUCAAUGGCUUAUGAGACUUUGAAGGAUGAGGAAAAGCGUCAACAGUAUGAUCAGGUUGGCCAUGAUGCUUUUGUAAACCAAGAAAGCAAUGGUUUUGGAGGCAGCGGUGGCUUUAAUCCCUUUGAGCAGAUAUUCCGUGAUCAUGAUUUUGUCAACAGCUUCUUUCAUCAGAACAUUGGCGGACAGGAUGUCAAGACUUUCGUUGAACUUUCCUUUAUGGAAGCUGUCCGAGGAUGCACCAAAACCAUUACAUUUCAAACAGAUAUGCUUUGUAACACUUGUGGUGGGAGCGGGGUUCCUCCUGGUACAAGACCUGAAACCUGUAAGCGCUGUAAAGGGUCUGGAGUGACAUCUGUACAAGCUGGCAUAUUUAAAAUGGAAACUACAUGUGGUGCGUGUAAGGGAACUGGCAAAAUUGUAUCGAGUUUCUGCAAGUCAUGCAGGGGUGCAAAGGUUAACAAAGGAACCAAGUCGGUCAAAUUGGAUAUUAUGCCUGGGAUUGACAACAAUGAAACCAUUAAGGUUUACAGAAGUGGUGGUGCAGAUCCUGAUGGAGAUCAUCCUGGUGAUCUCUAUGUUACUAUCAAGGUCAGGGAAGAUCCUGUCUUCCGUAGGGAAGGAUCUGAUAUUCAUGUAGAUACUGUUUUAAGUAUCACUCAGGCAAUUUUGGGUGGAACCAUUCAGGUCCCAACUCUUACAGGAGAUGUUGUUCUUAAGGUACGUCCUGGAACCCAACAUGGUCAGAAGGUGGUUCUGAAAAAGAAAGGGAUCAAGACCAAAAAUUCUUAUACAUUAGGCGAUCAAUAUGUUCAUUUUAACAUCACCAUCCCAACGCUGAGAGACCUGACAGAGAGACAGCGUGAAUUGAUUGAAGAAUUUCAGAAGGAAGAGCAAGAUGAUUCUGAUAAAGAGAAGAAAACUGCUUCGGCUUCUGGUUGAAAACAUUGACAGAGUAUGCAAUCAUUUAACCAUCAAAUUGUGCUCAACUGGGUGGGAAGUUCCCACCGCGUGCUAUUGAAGUUUUGUAGGAGUAUUAAUUAUUAUUAUUUUUUUUUCUUUUUACCCCUCCACUAUUGAGUAUAUGUAAUAUGUAUCGUUAUAAGAGAUAAUCACAAAUUAUCAUCAAUUCAUUUUUAAAGUUAGAAGACAGUCCCUUUAUGCACCUGUAGACUCCUUUAGUCUGUGUUGUAUAUAUAUUUGGAUAUCACUUUUAACAUAAAGGGGUGCAAAUGACUGAAUUGUCAUUCUUUUUUAGCUUCAUGACAAAUAAUUGGGGCAUGGCCAAACUUAUUGAUAAUUUCUGCAUCAAUACAAAAAUAUAUAUUUAUUUAUA